AAAAAUUGAAGGUGAAGCGGGAAAACAAAUAAAAUCUCUCCCUCCCCCCCCCAUCCGCUUUUUCCAAAUAAUCAAUCUCUCAUUUUGUUGUCUAACCCAAGUUUUUGAUAAAUUAUUUCUAAGGGAUUUAUCUAUCUUUUACGGUGCGAUUCCUCCGGCGGCAGUAAGUGAAAUCAAAUCAAUGGCGAGAACGAAACAUUUCGCUUCCAGGGCCCGAGAUCGCAAUCCAACUAAUGCGACUGCUUCAUCUUCGGCUGCAGGUCCGAGUGCGACCCCGACGAGAAGAGGAGGCAGCCAAGGUGGUGAAGCUCAACAGAGUGAGUCUUUCUAACACGUUUUUGUUGAUAUCCAUUGAAUCCUCCUUUUUUUCAUCUCUAUCUUCCUUUUCGUUGCGACGUGACUCAAUUGCAGCAGCAACUCCACCAGCAACCACCACCGCCGGUAGAAAAAAAGGAGGGACUAAGCGAACUAAACAAGCUAUGCCUAAAAGUUCCAACAAGAAGAAGACAUUCCGUUACAAGCCUGGAACCGUUGCCCUCAGGGAGAUUCGCCAUUUCCAGAAGACCACCAAACUUCUUAUCCCUGCCGCUAGUUUCAUCCGAGAAGUGAGAAGUGUCACCCAGAUCUUUGCCCCUCCCGAUGUUACCCGUUGGACUGCUGAAGCUCUUAUGGCUAUUCAAGAGGCGGCUGAAGAUUUCCUAGUUGGCCUCUUCUCUGAUGCGAUGCUCUGCGCUAUCCACGCAAGACGUGUUACUCUAAUGAGAAAAGAUUUUGAGCUUGCACGCCGUCUUGGAGGAAAAGGCAGGCCAUUGUGAUUGACUACUACUACAUUAUUUCGCAGGUUGUAUAACUUUGUUCACUCCUUAUGUCUUGUGAUUUGUGAUCUGACUGACACUUUCUUUUGAAACAUAACUGCUUGAUUCAAUAUCUUAGGCUGUAAAACUUAUCCCUCCUUGUUUACUAUCUUAUAUGCUUUUCCUUGGAA